AAAGUCUCUAUACAAAUUUAACAAUCAUAUCACAGAAUCUGGAACAGUGAUGGACAAUAAUGUAUUACUUGUUUAUUCGAUUGUUUGAUAUUUUUAUAUUUUGAGUUACCCUGCCCUAUGAUGUUCAAACAAAAUCGAAAGUUCUUGCUCUUCGAAAGAUUAUUUUGAAAUUUAGAUAUUUCAAAUUAAAUAUUUUUUUUGUCACCUUUGCAUUAAAAUAAAUACUACCAUCAUGAUUUUUUCUGUGAAUUAAAUUCGAAAUUAUGUGCGAGAUGCAAUAUGUAACUAUUCAGAUACAAACUUCCCCGUUCUUAUGUAUAAAUUGCAUCACAUGAGUGACAAUCCACAUGUAGUCCAACAUUAUGGGAAGUAUUUAUAUGUGAGGCCUAUGAAGUUGAAAAUGUCAAACAAGCAAAUGUAGCAAUUAAUAUAAUACAAAUAUGCACUCCUGUUGACUAUUCAAAAUCCAGACAUUCGGGAAUAUGAUUGUUUAUCUUCGUGAAUAUUUGAUUACUAAUUUGGUGAUGAAAUCAUGUGACCACAGUAUUGCUGUUGCUUAUCUUCAUGCUGGAAUUUUAUUGAGUCUUGUUUUGAUUUCUUCGAUUAUUUUCAUGUUUUUACCUGGCCCUUUGCACCUUCAUAACCUCCAUCAUUUUCGCUGCACCCUAUCAAACAGUGGAAUAUUGUAACAAAUUAAUGAAUAUACAUUUCCCAAUUGGCUAGGAUAUUUUAUUGUCAACAUGACUUGUAUCCCUCCAUGAAAUUGUGGACAAAUUGAGGUGACUCAUUUUAAUGUAAGCCUGGAAUGAAAUUUUUUUCUGUUUUCAUUUGACCAGUCAGUGGUUUGGGUUCCAAAAUUUUUUGUAGCUGACAAUUCAUUUUGAUAGUCAGAACAAGAGAAUGUCUACUAUGAACAUUUGUACAUUGCAUCCAUAGAUGAUAGUACAGUUAUACUCCACUCCCCAGGAUAUAAUCCUAUAUUUAUGUGUAGUGUCUAAGUAGCAUUCUUAGUUUUGUAUUCUAUAUUGUGCCGCUGUAAUCAGUAUAUUUGUUAUUUGUAGAUAAUUUGGAUUAUAUUGCCUUUUAGACUUGUUUUAAGCAAUUAAUGCAUUUUUACCUUUGUCAUGGACAAAUUGACUGAAAGUGGUCGUAUAUCAUUACAGGAAUUUCUUAACGGUUGCAGCAAAAUCUGCUGCUCUUCCGGCUGGGUUUUGCAACAUAAAGAUGGUUAUGAUCCAUACAUGAAGAACAUAUUUCAUAAAGUCAUGUCUGGUAAUAAUGACAAGCAAGAUGAUCAAAUGAGUGAAUUUGACAAUGGACUGAGAGACAUUGAUAAUACCAAAUUGCAAAAUAUUUGUGAUGAAUAUCUUACUUACGAAUGCCAUGUCAUUUUCAGUCAUAGUUACUCUACACCUGUGCUGUAUUUUAUAGUUCACAAUUCAAAUGGAAAAAUGCUGACAUUACAAGAAGUUUGGUCAGAGUGUGGCAAUUACAAUUUUAAUGAGAAAUGGGAUUUCAUUACUCAAGUAGAACAUCCCACUUUAUUGAUGCCGUAUUACCAGUUGCACCCAUGUCAUACCGCUGAAUUUAUGAAACCUCUUCAAGAUAUGCAAAGUUAUUCAGAUAAACAAAAACACUUUUCCAAUUUCAACUAUGUUCAUGCAUGGUUAAGCAUUAUACUUCCAGUUAUUGGGCUUUCAUUAGUUUGAGAUUCUGUUAUUUUUUUGUUUAUAGAACAU